UGAAUUUAUGCAGGUGGACCAGAAAAAAAAUCAGUAUAUUGCUACUGGGACUUGAUAAUUCUGGGAAAACCUCACUAAUAUAUAAUAUAUCUAAUAAAGAAACUAUAAAUACCAUCCCUACAAUUGGAUUUUCUUAUAAAAAAUUUGAAUGGAAUAAUAAAUUAAUAGUUACUAUUUAUGAAGUUGGUGGUUCAAAAUGCAUAAGAAGCAUGUGGGAAAAUUAUUACGCUGAAGUGUAUGGCAUUAUUUAUAUGAUAGAUUCAACAGAAGGUAAAAAAAUAGAAGAAGAUAAAGACAUAAUACCAAAAUUAUUAUCAAAUAAAUUUUUAAAUGGGAAACCAUUUCUAAUCUUUGCAAAUAAAAAGGAUAUAAAAGAAUCAAUAUCUGGAUUGGAGAUUUGUCAAUAUUUGAAUAUUCCUGAAUUAGCAGUUGAACAUUCCACAUUUAUAUAUUAUGACAACAUAUCCUGCAUUCCAUUACUUAACAUGCCAAAACCCACACUUACAGAUAUGGUACAUUCAUUUUUAAAUGGGAAAAACCAUCAACCAAAUGCAAAAAUUCACAUAAGUGCAAUAAAUCCAAGUUAUGAGAGCGAGAGCAUUGAAGGUUAUAUUAUUGAGCCAAAAAUGGAGGACUCAAAUAUUGCAGACAAAUCUGAUAUUCUAAAAUAUGGUCACAAAGAUUCUAUUAAUUAUCCUGAUAUAUUAAAUCCAUUUAGUGAAAUAUUUUCAAAGAUAGAACCUUGUUGCUCUAACUUAACCCCUGAAGUUCCUAAAAAUGGAGGCAUAAAUAAUGUAUUCAAACAAAAUCCUUUUGAAAUAAAUGACAUAAAAACAAAACCAGCAAACUUCAUAAGUAAAGUACAAAUUAGAAGGCACCACAAAAUAGGAGCUAUUGACCAGCAUUUAGAACAAAUUAAAAAAGUUCAAAAUCCUAUAAUAUUCUCAAAAAAAGUGACCAAUGAAAUUGCUCAUGAAUAUCCUAAUGAGACACUCAGACAAUCCAAUGAAAGAUUAUAUGCUGGUCUUAAUUGGCUAUUCAUAACAAUCGAAACUCAACAUUACUUCUUGCAAAAAAGGGUCAAGCAGGAUCUUAAAUCCCGAAAUAAUGCAUAAAUCUUUUGUCACUCUUGGAGAUAUACCAAAUUUAGAAAAAGUGCAAUAAUUGAUCUCAUUGUCUGAGACUCUAUCAUACUUAAAUAUUAAUGAAUGAUAAUGUCUCUUAUUUAUAUACUUGUUAUUUUAUUCAAAUUUUUUUAUGAAUCAUCUAAAUGACCAUAGCAUUAUAAUACUAAAACUUAUUUGGGUUGGGAAUUUAUGUUAAAAAUUUAAGCCCUAACUCCAUUUUAAUCUAAUGUACACUUAAAAAAAUAUCUCAACAUGCAGGAGACAAAAUAACCUAUUCAAUUAAUAAGUGUAACAUUUCAUUGUUCAAUGUUUUAGAUCAUAAAAUGAAAAUUUGCCAGUUCAAAAAGCAGACAAUCCAAUUUCAGGGUUAGGCCUCAUUUGUAGUAAACACGUAAUGUUCAAGCGUUGCGUCAUUUAACGCAGCAUUAUUAUAAAAUUAAGCUAAUAAAAUUUGAAAAACAUAUGUUGUGAUGCGUUGAUAAAAAAAAGUAUGCAAUACGAUUAUAAAAAUAAUAACGAAUUCAAUUAAAAAGGUAUAUGAAUUUUUUAUAAUUAUCUCCAUUUUAGCUUUAUCUUAAAUUAGUUUUUAAAAUUUAAUUGGUUGUAAUAAUGUUGCGUUAAAUAACGCAAUGCUUGAAGUGUUUACUAUAAAUGAGGCCUUAGUUAAAUAAUCCAUUGGUGCAAUAUGAAAAUUUCCAACCCAUUAAGGAUUUGGUACCAAUCGACUUAUAAAAAACUUUCAUAUUUAUCUGGAAAUAGCUAGCUAAUUUUAUAAUUAUUUAAAGAAUGAUAAAUCCAAGUCUUAUAUAAUAAAAAAUUCCAACAUAUUAUAACUCAGGGAUUUUAAGUUAUGCAUUUAUGUAAGACCUCCUAGGUGUCACUCAUGCGAUGCGUACUACAUCGCUAAACGAUAUAGCUAUAUAAUUUAACGUUAUGUAU